CACCUACUAUUACUACUCCAGUUACUAUCACUACAACAUAAACUAAACACUCCCCCCAUAUUCAAUCCAUGCGCACCUACAUGUGUGCUGCAGUAUGCAGGGCUCCAGCUCUCUAUAUUAGUUUCACUUUGUCUUCAUUUCCCUGUUUUGUUCUCAAUCUACACAUCAAACUUUUUUUUACUGAAAACUUUUUGUUUUGCAGGUUCCGUUUAGUUAAAUCAGAGGCCAAGUGAGUGAGAAUGAGGAUGGCAUGUGGACGUGGACAGGAAUAAUAUAAGAUGUUUCAACAGAUUGUGUUAAAUAGUUACAGUACUUGCCAUGGUGAAGCCCUUUCUGUUCUACAGGAAGCACUGCAGUUUGAAGAAAGUACAAGACUCGGUGGCCUUUCCUCUAUUCGUUCACGGCCCUCGCCCACGCCCAUCAACGCUCGCUUAGCCAAUAGGAAAACUGCGACAUUGCAUUUACCAAUGGGAAAUUAUUUACCACCCUUGCAAUCAUUUGGUGCUACGGAGAUUUUCUCAACGGACGUUUCUCUCAGUUUGAAACGUGUCGACAAUAAGCAUCGCUAAACACACCCAUGUUCUGUAGCCUAGGCUACUACAAAGUUUCACUUUCGCUCGAUCUGGAACACGGUUAUACGGAAACGACUCCAAUUUGUGAGUGGGAACAAUCAGGAGUUGUGUCAGUCAGUUGCUGCAGUGCGCUUCUGUAGGCUAUGUACUUUCAGAGGUGUGCUUCUAGAAUUUGAUGAAAAUGGACGAAGACAGAGGGACUGACAUGGCAGCCGGUGUUGUGACCUCUCAUCAUGGGGAGGAGCACCGUCUCUCAGAGCUGAGGAUUGUGCUGCUGGGGGGGAGAUGGAGUGGGAAGAGUUCAGCAGGAAACACCAUCCUGGGCAGAGAGGAGAUUGAGUCUGGUGUAAGAACUGCACAGUGUGUGAUGAGACAGGGUGAAGUAGCUGGGAGACAGGUCACUGUGGUCGACACACCAGGCUGGUGGAAGAAUAAUUCUGUGAAGAACACUGCAGAGCUGGAUAAACAGGAGAUUGUGUGCAGUGUGUCUCUGUGUCCCCCGGGACCCUGCGCUCUCUUCCUGGUCAUUGAUGUGAGCUCAGUGUUCAGAGACAAACACAAAAGAUCAGCGGUGGAACACCUGGAGCUUCUCAGUGAGAGAAUCUGGAGACACACUAUAGUGCUGUUCACCAGGGGAGACUGGCUGGGAGACACAACCAUUGAGCAGCACAUUGAGACUGAAGGGAGGGCCCUCCAAGAGCUCAUAGAGAAAUGUGGGAGCAGGUAUCAUGUUCUCAACAAUGAGAACAGGGCUGAUGGGACUCAAGUCACAGAGCUGCUGGAAAGGGUAGAGGAGAUGAUGGCAGGGCAUGGAGGCUCUCACUAUGAAAUAGAUAGAAUGUUCUUACAGGAGGUGGAAGAGAAGAGGAGGGCAGUGGAAGAACGAGUGAAACAGAGGAUGAUGAAGGUUCACAAACAAAGAAUAACUCUCAGGGCACUUUUUGAGGGUAGGUUUUUUUCAUUUAUUCAAUUUACUUUUAGAGGAACUACAAUGGAAUAUUAACAUUAAUCAUGACUGUGUUGAAUAAUUUUCUUUUAAGGUUUUUUACCAAUGAAAAGUGUUACUCCAGAUAAAGGUAUAAAUCAGUAUUUUUUUUCCUGUCUUUCCCCUGUGCUGCAUACUGAGGUGUGAGUGGGUGUUUAAAGCAGCCGAUUUCUACAUUUAUAUAUGUAGAAUACUUGAUUUUAUUUUUAUUUGAAUGAGGGGCCAAACAGAGAGGCAGUAAUAAUAGUUUAAAAAAUUAUUUUCAUUGCAUUUAGUUCAUUUUUCUCCCAGUUGGCCGUGCCCAGUUUUAUUCACAAUAGUCUUCUUACUGCAGCCACCCCAAUUAAACAGGUUUCUGAGACGCACACAUUUUCUUUGAAGUAUGAGCUGCCAGCUGCCAACUUCUCUCUCCUCUACAGUUGUUGAGUAGCAGGAGCUCACUUCGUGAGUUUGUCUAUGCUGCAGACGCUCAGUUGAACAGAGAUGGUUGCUAGUGCUUGAUGAGACACAGAAAAUCCUGCUUAUUGAACUCUCCCUGCUGCUGCCAAUUACAUGCUGCCCUGUGGAGCUGCCAGCACAGCCUGCGCUGCACAGUCAGGGUUUGAUAGCAGACUGUAGGGUGCAUCCACACUAUGGAACAGUGUCUAAUAGGAUGAGCCACCCAGCAGCCACAUUACACCCAUGCAAAUAGAAAUACAGCAAUGUUCUUCUGGGCUUUGAUAUUGUUUUAUUAUUU